UUCGUUAAAAAAAAGGAAAAAAAGAAAGAAAGAAGCCAGCCAACCAUAAAUUCUCUCUUUCUCUCAGACAUUUCAGUUACAGACACAGAAAAACAAACACAGAGCACUGAAAAUUAGAUCAGAGAAUGGGACAUGGAAGCUCGAAAGGCAUUUCGGAGCAAGACCUUGCGAAAGAAGAAGAACCAUCGCGUCUUUCGCGGCUGAAGAAUAAGCUUCACCUUCACCGCCGUCGUCGUCAUGCCAACAAUGGCUCCGCUUAUAAAGCCCUCAUCGAUGCCGACGAUUUCGCCGGAAUCGCUAAUCUCACUCUCAAGCGUGCGGAGAUGAAAUUCAAGGACAAGUGGAUGGCGUGUGUUUCUCUUGGAGAGCAGACCUUUCGUACUGAGAUAUCUGAUCAAACAGACAGCCCCGUUUGGAACUCAGAAAAAAAACUUCUUUUGGAGAAAAAUGGACCUCAUAUUGCAAGGAUCUCUGUGUUUGAGACCAAUAGAUUGUCCAGCAGCAAUAUUGUAGGAUAUCGUGAGAUUGAUCUCCUUGAAUUUAUAACACGGGAUUCAGAUUCAGACUUAGAGGUGUUUGACCUGUUAGAUCCAUCGUCAUCUGACAUAUCGGUCGGAAGCAUUUUUCUUUCAUGUUCAGUUGAGGAUCCAAUUGAAACAGAGAAAAGAUUUGCAAGACGCAUCUUAUCUAUAGUGGACUACAAUGAAGAUGGGAAGCUUUCAUUCUCUGAAUUUUCUGACUUAAUUAAUGCUUUUGGCAAUCAACAAGCAGCUACCAAGAAAGAGGAGCUCUUUAAAGUGGCUGACAAGAAUGGUGAUGGUAAUGUUAGCAUGGAUGAGUUGGCUGACCUACUUGCUAUUCAACAAGAAAAGGAACCACUAAUAAGUUGCUGCCCUGUUUGUGGUGAGAUCCUGGAAGUUUCUCAUAACCUAAACACUAUGAUUCAUUUGACCCUCUGUUUUGAUGAGGGAACUGGAAACCAGGUCAUGACUGGAGGAUUUUUGACUGAUAAACAGGCUUCAUCUGGGUGGAUGUUUAAACUAAGUGAAUGGGCUCAUUUUUCGUCAUAUGACAUUGGGUUAAACUCUGGAGCAAGUGCUUCCCAUAUUGUGGUAUUUGAUCGGAGGACAAAGAGGCUUGUGGAAGAAUUAAUUAAUGGAAAGAUUGUCUUGUCAAUGAGAGCUAUCUAUCAGUCAAAAUUUGGGCUGGGCCUAAUGGACACAGGGGCAAAGGAGCUCUUACAGAGCAUCUCCGAAAAGCAGGGGAGGCGAAUGAGUUCAACUGAAUCUACUAAAGAUAUACCAAAGUUUGUUGAAUCUUUUAAGGAUCAAAUCAAUUUGGCAGAAGUCAAAUACCCUCUGGAACAUUUCAAGACUUUCAAUGAGUUUUUCAUAAGAGAGUUGAAGCCUGGUGCAAGGCCAAUUGCCUGUAUGGAACGUGAUGAUAUUGCUGUAUGUGCAGCUGAUAGCCGUUUAAUGGCAUUUAAAUCUGCUGAUGAUAGUCUAAGAUUUUGGAUUAAGGGUCGAAAGUUUUCAAUUCAAGGCCUGUUGGGGCAAGAUGUAAGUUCCGGUGCUUUUAUUGAUGGACCAUUGGUGAUAUUUCGUUUGGCACCACAGGAUUAUCAUCGUUUUCAUUUUCCAGUUUCUGGAACCAUUGAGCAGUUCGUAAAUAUACCUGGAUGCUUAUAUACAGUCAACCCCAUUGCUGUCAAUAGCAAGUACUGUAAUGUCUUCACUGAGAAUAAGCGAGUUGUAUCAAUUAUUUCGACUGCAGAUUUUGGAAAGGUGGCUUUUGUUGCAAUUGGAGCAACUAUGGUUGGCAGCAUCAGCUUUUCAAAGGAAAAGGGUGAUCAUGUCAGGAAGGGAGAUGAGUUUGGAUAUUUCUCAUUUGGUGGAAGCACAGUUAUUUGUGCUUUUGAGAAGGGUGCGAUUGAGAUAGACGAGGACCUUCUAUCAAAUAGCGCCAGAUCACUCGAGACAUUGGUUUAUGUUGGAAUGACGUUGGGUGUCUCCACAAAGAAACUAUCAGGAAAUGGGCUGCCGAAUUUGGAAAGUUGUAAUUUAGGUGAUUGAGACAUUAUUCUUUGGGAUACCAAAGAGAGGUCGUUUCAUGUAAAUUAUAUAUAUUUUUUUUGAAGUGCAUGUAAAUUAUAUUAAGCGGAUAGUUCUUGUAUAUUACAUGACUCAAAUCAAAGCCAUAUAUUAUAUAAGUAUUUCAUGUA